AUGACACGCACCCUCUUCUCCCUCGCAGCCAUCGCUGCGCUCCUCACCGCCUUCGCCUCAGCCCAAAACAAAUUCAACUUCGACAUCAACAACCUCCCCGCCAAAUGGGAAGACUGUCAAUCCGGUUUCAAUCAAUGCAAAAAAUGGGGUGACUCUUCCCCUCACCCGAACCCUGUCAUCGGAGCCAACGAAGAAUCCGUCGUCUCCUACUGUCUCAAAUCCGGCUAUGGAACUCGUCUGAUCAUCAACGGCGCGAUUCAAGGUGUUCAAUUCCUCAAAACACCCAACCUCCUCCAAGUUGCCGGCGUUGGCGACUUCACCAGUCUCAACAUCCAACGUGGUGAUGCAGGUGGAGAGCUCGACCCACACGACGCUGACGGGACUGGGAACCCUAAAAGCGGUCUCGUCUAUUCCAACAAUGUCCCUGAAUGGAACAACUUUAUGAGCGCUUAUAAGUUCAGCUUCCGUGCGGCAUAUGGGCCUAAUGCGGAUAAAUGGGCUCCUCAUAUUUAUGAUGUGAUGGGUGCUUAUUACAACACGAACGGUGCAAAGUUUCAAAAGGGUAGCUUUGAGGAUUGCGAAGGUGACAGUGGUGAAUUUGUCGGUAUCUAUGGUUCUUCCGACGUUCAGACAGGGACAGGGACAGAAGCAGACUCCGGCUCCUCAUCCGCCGGCUAA